AACAUGUCUGCUAAGAAUCUCUCUGAAUGUGGAAGUGCGCCUUCGCGUUUAUUGUUAUCUUGUCGGCGUCCGGAGGCGCGACACGUGGCGGAAGCGGUCCCCUUGUUGUCUCCUCGACGCGGAAACAGCUGAUCCGUUGUCAAGACAACGACUUGUUGUCAAGACAACAGGUAAACUCUGCGCGUCGCGGCGGCGAAAUGGCGGGCAUGUUGAGGCUGAGGAGCAGGAUAGGAGAAGUGGAGAAGGAGUAUUACCGUAGGAACCGCCUGGCGGAGGAAAACAGACCCCUGGAGAACGGUGCGGCCACGCGCAUCCAGAGCUGCUUCAGAGGCUGCCGGGUGCGGGCCUAUCUACGCCAUCUGCACAAGAAGGCAACCAUUAUCCAGAAGAGAUGGCGGGGCUUCUCUGCAAGGGCACGCCUCAGACAAAUGGUGAAGGUGGCAUAUUUUAUCAUGAAGAUACAUUUCUACGAGGCGAUGGCGGUCAGGGUCUGCAGCGGCACCAUCAGCCGCCUCUAUUCUCUGGUACACAGCGCCAUCUAG